UCAGACACGGUGCCUUUUGAUGGCAGCGUUCCGUGACGACGACAUCGGUGACGACCUGACCUGCGUCAUGAAGAUCCACAAGGAGCACCAGCGUCUGCAGGGCAACGGCUUCCUCGCCUGGGUGGCCUGGAAGCAGCACUGCCAGCACUCGGACCUGUCGUCGUACGUCUCCGGCUGUGACCGAGUCACCACCAGCACCACGCAGCGGCCGACCACCACCACCACAACGACCACUCGGCGACCGACAGCGACCGGGAGACCCUCCGUGCAGGACUUCUACAGAAACCCGAGCAAGACGAACGCGCACACGCACUUCAACAACCUGGCGCCGCUGGCCAACCUCCUGGUGCGCGGCGCACGGCCUCAGAAAGUGUGACCUGACAACUAAAUGACGGACCCGCCAGCAACGCUUGCCUCGCUACAGCUUCUGCCCAGCAUAGCUUUCUCGCAACAAUGUCAGCAGACAGUCGCACGCUUCGACAAUGCAAUGGACCUGCGACGACGUUACGUUUAUCUGAACUCGACCCGCGUCUCGCUCUGAAGUCCGUACAAGCAUCCUUUACUGAUCACAGACUGCCGCUGCUCAAUGGAAGUCUUCUUCAAUAGUCCAUUACCAGCUAGUUUUCCUUUUUCCUCUUUAUUUCACAUCUAUCUCUGCUUUCAUCCGUCUCUUCCCCAGCCGCCACCCUGCUGCUCCACCGCUCUGCUGAACCGCUUUCCCCAGCCUGCACUUCUCGCUGUGACUCGGCCUGCGACUAUCGCUGCGCCGGACCGCGCCUCUCGCUGUGACUCGGCCUCUCGCUGUGACUCGACCUGCGACUAUCGCUGCGCGGGACCGCGCCUCUGCUGACCCGGCCUCUCACUGUGACUCGACCUGCGACUGUCGCUGUGCCGGACCGCGCGGUGACCAGUCUCGCUUUGACGCUAACGCCGAGCAAUUACGUGAGCAGCAUGUCCGACGUGGUCGACGGGAUGUCACUGCCGUCGGCUGGCAACUGUCAGGGAGCGGCGCUCGGACCGGACGACACUCGGGCGACCGGACCCGGACAGAGGGGACGAGGAAACGGACGGGAGAGGACGAGGACGAAAGACUGACUGGCGAGGACCAGACGGAAGCGAGGGGACGAGGAUGGGACACUGGUGGCUGAACGAAGGACAAGUCGGACAUAUUAGAAGUUUUGAAUGACUUUGCUAGCAGAGAUUAGAGGGGACAGAGACGCGGAGACAUGUGAUUAUGUGGAGGUAGUGGCGGCUGUGCAACCAGGCGUCGACUUGUGAUUCGGUCAGCAGUAAACUGAAAAAUACAGCUUCCAGACGUCGAUAGUUGGGGGUGGAAAAAUUGGCGUCAUGCUAGCCGAGGGGUCGAUAGACCUCAAUAAGAUCAGCUACGGCAGCUGGAUCUUUUUUAAGAAGGCUCCCUUUAGCGAGUCUCCUUUUGAGUUGUUGGUAGGUAUAUAACGAGUUUGACAUUUUUUAAAGUGUUUUGCUGGCGUCAGACCAAAAUUUCGAUGGGAUUUCUGCCUCAACAGCUGCGAAAUCACGUACUCUCACGCUGCUGUAGCAUGCCUCCCUGUGCUAGAGAAUAUUGACCCCAGAUGGGUUUGGUGACGCUUUCUGACCUUGCGAAGAAACCAUGACAAGCAUGACUGAAUUGUUUUGAGCUUGGUAAAACAGCUGUGUAAGCCGCACUUUCUUUUCGCUACUGUGCGGCUUUUACCGUGUAAUCUUGUCACGCCACCGCACCGCACCAGUCGGGGAUAAGAGCGUAUACCGUCUACUUUUGUGGUGUGGACUGUGUAGUGUUAUGAGCCGUGUCCCGCGGUGUCUUGUUUUUGUUGUUGACACACGUGUUGAAGGCACGCCUAGCCGAUCGGGGAAUCUACAGACCAACAUCGGUGCAGUGGGGCAUCACCGAAUGGUUACAGCCAAGAAGACAAGUGCGGAAAUACAUUUCUUGCAAUGCAAUUUGAGUCUUUU